CUCCAGUCUGCAGAUGGUAGUUUCAGGAAGGUAACUUUCUAAAGAAAUGGAAUUUGAUGAAGUUGCAAUGUAUUUUUCCAAGGAAGAAUGGGGCUAUUUAAACAAAGAACAAAGAGCCCUUUAUAAGGAUGUGAUGUUGGAGAAUUACCAAACCCUCUGUUCUCUAGGAUAUGUUCAUGUGAAACCUUCACUUGUUACAAAGAUUGAGCAGGGAAAGGAGCCAUAUGUGAGUGGUAUCCAGUGGAUUCCUCAGGAAGAACUUCACUUAAGCAAUAACGAUAUUCCUAAACAAGGAUACAGUAAAUGUGCAUCUUACAGUCUUGUUCAAGAUCAAAGAAAUCAUGUGGGAAAUAAACCAUUUCCAUAUUCUAAAUUUGGAGAUUUUCUCAUCCCGCAAUCAAGACCUAUUAAAUGUCUGCAAGUUUACACAACAGAAAAAGUAUUUUCAUGUUCUGAAUGUGGAAAAUGUUUUGUCAAGAAAUCAGCUUUAAUUAAGCAUAAAAAAAAUCAUACAGGAGAGAAAGCGUUUCCAUGUUAUGAAUGUGGUAAACAUUAUGCCCAAAAAUCAAAUCUUGCUACCCAUCAGAAAAUCCAUACAGGAGAGAAGGGAUUUUCUUGUUCUGAAUGUCAAAAAUCUUUUAUCUGGAGGUCAAGUUUUAUUAGACAUCAGAGAGUUCAUCGAUCAAAUCUAAUUAUUCAUCAGUUUGUUCAUACAUUAGAUAAACAAUUUUCUUGUUCUGAAUGUGGGAAAUGUUUUCCCUUGAAAUCAACUCUUGUGUCUCAUCUGAAAAUUCAUACUGGAGUGAAAGCAUUUUCAUGUUCUGAAUGUGGCAAAAGUUUUCUUCGGAAAGCUGAUCAUAAUAUGCACAUGAAAAUUCAUACAGGAGAGAAACAAUUUUCAUGUUCUGAUUGUGGGAAAUCUUUUACACAGAAAUCUACCUUAAUUUAUCAUAAAAAAAUCCACACAGGAGACAGAGCAUUUUCAUGUUCUGAAUGUGGAAAAUGUUUUUCCUUGAAAUCAAGUCUUGUUAAGCAUCAGACAAUUCAUACAGGAGAGAAAGCAUUUUCAUGUUCUGAAUGUGGAAAAUGUUUUACAUUUAAAUCAAAUCUUGUUUCUCAUCAGAAAACCCAUACAGGAGAGAAAACAUGUUCAUGUUCUGAUUGUGGGAAACUUUUUACUCGUAAGUCAAGUCUUCUUUCUCAUCAAAAAAUACAUACAGGAGAGAAGGAAUUUUCAUGUUCUGAAUGUGGGAAAUGCUUCUUUAGCAAAUCAAAUCUGACUAAACACCAGAAAAUUCAUAUCUGAAAUAAAGUUUUUAUGUUUCCAA